UUUGAUUUCAACGUUAAUGGUUAUCAGUUAGAUGUCAAUCGCAUUGUUACAAACGUGACAUUACAGUAGAAAAUUUAAUAUUCAAUAUUUAAUUUCCAAUAUUAUAGUUUUUCGAUAUAAAAAGAUUCCUCUUUUCUGAAGAGCAACAUUAAAAAACCAAGUUAAAAACAUUACAUAUGUUCGCUGGGGCGUUUGUCCAUCGAAACAUAAUAAAUGUAUUUAAAAUGAAAUGGAAGUGUUCCUCCAUAAAUUUUGAAGUUCAGUUGAAGUCUUUCAAACACUUUAACAGCUACAGUUAACAGUUCAUCAACAGUUAGUAAUUGGAUGUUUGCUAUUCAGUAACAUGUUGUAUGAAACAGAUUUUUGUAUAAGACGAAUUGCGAAAACUAUCGACCAAAGAAACUUUUGAAUGACACAAAUGGACUCAGCUUUCAUGCCUCUACAAACCAACAGAGUCUAAAGCUGAAAGAUUUGAAUUUUUUGUCCGUUUUUGACCAUUUUUGUCAAUGUGUGUAUAAAUAAGUGUGUUGGUUGUGUCUUUCUAUUAAUAGUAACAACCGAAAAAGUGACCCAUUUUGUUGCAUAUUAUAUUAAACUUAUAAUACAUUGAAUAUUUUUUCUCGGUCGCCAUCUAGUGCAGGUGACCUUUACAGCUAGCCCAGGUCAUCGCCUCUUUUAAACUCUAAUAUAAAGCUAUCAUCGGAGUUUUGCUGUGAUAAAUUUGAAACUCACUUUCAUUCAAACAGUGUUCCAGUGAAAAUCAUCUAUAAUUUCAGACCAACCAUGAGAAAUUUAUCAUCAUUCAUUUUGUGUAUUAUCUCAUUCAUCAAUGGAAUAUCCUGUUACUUGAUUCGAGUUGAAGACGAUGGACCUGUUACCCUUGAUUCCCCAAUCACUUUCACAGUUAAAAAUCUAACACCUGACCCAUUAUUAGAAUAUCGGUUCAAAUUUGAUCAGUUUAACCAUUGUCUCAAAUGAAAGUAGAGUUGAAUACUCAGUAAUAUUUGAAUCAUCUUCAACACCAAUAGCUUAUAAAUACAAUAUACAAUGUACGAUGUACAAUGUACGAUGCAAGUUGAUGUAUGGUAUCUCGAUGUUCCUUCACAUUUGUUCGCAACUACUUCUCACACUUUCCAGCUUUCAGAUUCUCUGGUUGGAUUUAUAAAUCAUGACCAAAACAUUUCUUGUAGAUUUUUGGAUAAGUAUUUUGUUUCUACUGAAAUGCCGGUUAAACUGACUGCUGAAAUUCAUGAUCUAUCUGGCUUUUUCACGGGACGAUUUGGAAUCCCAUCAGCCAAUUUAACUUAUAAAUGGAUCAUAAAUGGUUCACCACAAGAAGAAAACUCUAAGGUUAUUGAACCGACUUUUUCUGAGCCUCAACUGAACAACAUUUCAGUGAUUGUUACAGCAACUAAAACCAAUGGAAGUCGUCUUAUACAAAAAUCUGGUACAUUCAACAUCACACUGAAUAGCAAGCAGCCAAUUACUAAUUUGACUGUUGAUGGUCCCACCGAGGUUAAAGUGUUUGAAAGACUUCAACUAGACUUUAAAAUUCAUAGAGGAACACCUCCAUUCCUAUAUAGAUAUUCUUCUUGGAUGAAUCAAACUAAUACCAACAGUGAAUACGCUGAAAAGCACGGCAUAAAUGAAAGCUCCUUCUCAAUAAUUAAAAAUUUCAGCGAAAAAGGAACAAUAAGAUUAUACAUUGGUCUCAAAAAUGAUGUAUCAGCAUAUCCCAUGAUGAUGAACAUUAAAGUCCAUUAAAGUAUUUUAAACCCAUUCUGUGAAAUCUCGAGGGCAACACUUUCUCUGUUUGCUUGCUAAAAUUAAUGUCCCGUGUUUUUUCACCAAUCUAUUUGUAUUCAUAACUAGAAAAUACGCUCUUAUGUUGAAUAAAUUAAACAA